AGAGAGAGUAAUAAGAGAGAAGGGAUUGUCUUUCUUCUCGAGUUCACCGUUCUCCUCUUCUUCGCUUCCGGCAGAAGAGAGAGAGUAAUAAAACCGGACCUCUCCGUCAAUUCUAUCCGUUCACCAAUCGCUGGAAAGCUUCCAUCUUCAUCGGUUUCUGAUCGAUUUUUCUCGGAGAUUGGAAUUCGAUCUGGGCUGUUAGGACGAGGUAUGCAGCAGGGUGACCAGACGGUGCUUAGCUUGAGACCUGGUGGCGGUAGAGGAGGCAGACGCUUUGGCUCCUCCUCUUCUUCUUCGUCUCUAUCGUUCGGUUCCCUUCCCUCGGAUCUUCCUCUCUUUCGUCCUCAUGGCAGCACUCCUCCUUCCUCUUUUUCCCUCAAGAGUGGAGACUCGCGCUUUGACAGCCGCGAAAGUGUGCGUUACACACGUGAGCAGCUUCUGCAAAUUAGAGAGACCAUUCAACCCUCGGAUGAAAUUCUAAAAAUCAAACGGGAAAUUGCGACAGAAUUGUUCGGUGAAGAAGAGACUUGGCCGCGUGGGGAAAGUAAUGUCGCAGUUCAGGCUCCGAGUCGCUUCUCUGAGACAGACAAUCGUGACUGGCAUAGCCGUACUGCACAACUUCCACCCACCGGAGGGGAAAGGUCCUGGGAAACUCUUCGUGAAGCUAGGGAUUCCAGGUUCGGUGAAUCAAACCAAUUCAAUCGUCAAGACCAACUUAGCUCCCAAUUCUCGAGAGCACAAGUAUCUUCCAGCCAAGGGGGUGGACCAGCUCCUACACUGGUCAAAGCCAAGGUGCCUUGGUUUGCUCGGAGAGGAAACCUUUCAGAGAAGGAGCGUGUUCUGAAGACUGUGAAAGGGAUAUUGAACAAGCUGACCCCUGAGAAGUAUGAUCUUCUUAAGGGCCAACUUAUAGAUUCUGGUAUCACAUCUGCUGAUAUCCUAAAGGACGUGAUAGCCCUUAUUUUCGACAAAGCUGUAAUUGAGCCUACGUUCUGCUCUAUGUAUGCUCGUUUGUGUUCUGAUAUCAAUGACAAACUGCCCAAGUUCCCACCUGAGGAUCCUGAGGGAAAAGAGAUUACAUUUAAGAGGGUUCUGCUGAAUAUCUGUCAAGAGGCGUUUGAGGGUGCUGACAAAUUGAGGGAGGAAGUUAGACAGAUGACUGCUCCGAAUCAGGAGGCUGAGCGCAAGGACAAGGAAAGAUUUGUGAAGCUCCGGACUCUAGGAAAUAUUCGUUUAAUCGGUGAGCUUCUGAAGCAGGAGAUUGUUCCGGAAAAGAUUGUCCAUCACAUUGUUCAGGAGCUUCUGGGUCCUGAUGAGAAAGUGUGUCCGGAAGAGGAAAAUGUGGAGGCUAUAUGUCAGUUUUUCAACACCAUUGGUAAGAAACUUGAUCACAACUUGAAGUCGAAGCGGAUAAAUGAUAUGUACUUCAAACGGAUACAAGAUCUAUCGAGAAAUCCUCAAUUGGCUCCGCGUCUGCGUUUUAUGGUUCGGGAUGUCAUUGACCUGCGUGCUAACGACUGGGUUCCCAGGCGUGAGGAGGUGAAGGCAAAAACAAUAACAGAAAUUCACUCCGAGGCAGAAAAGAAUCUUGGCCUCCGGCCAGGGGCCACAGCCAGUAUCAGAAAAGGUGCGGCAGCUAGUGGGGCGGCAGGGAGUCCUGGCCCCAUCUACCCGGGAGGUCGUCCUGGUUCAGGUGGCUUGAUGCCCGGUAUGCCUGGAACCCGAAAGAUGCCUGGGAUGCCCGGGAUGGACAACGAUAACUGGGAAAUUCCCAGGACACGAUCCAUGUCAAGACGGGAUGGGUCAGGAGGGCCAGUCCAAUCUCCAAUAGUUAGCAAGAGUACAUCAAUGAGCACAAGGCUAUUGCCUCAAGGAAGCGGCGGGUUAAUGAGCGGUAGGACAAGUGCCCUGUUGCAGGGCAGUGGCACACCAUCAUCACGUCCAUUCGGGUCGGGACUGGAGCCGUCAUCAGCUCAAGCACCCGCACUUCCUAACGUGCCAGUUCCUGUAGAGAAACCACAGCCUACAGCUCCACCUCCCAAGUCUAGUGAAGAAGUGGUCAAGAGAAAAACCAAGUCGCUCCUCGAGGAAUUUUUCAGCGUGCGGAUUCUUGAGGAAGCUCUGCAGUGCGUAGAGGAGCUCGGGUCGCCGUGGUAUCAUGCGGAAAUUGUCAAAGAAGCUAUUUCCCUCGGUCUCGAGAAAAGCCCGUCUUGCGUUGAACCUACUGCUAAACUCUUGGACUAUCUGUUGUCUAAGAACGCGAUCACGGCUAAGGAUAUGGAAACCGGGUGCUUGUUGUACGGCUCGCUACUGGACGAUGCAGGAAUCGAUCUGCCGAAGGCUCCAAACAACUUUGGUGAAAUUGUCGGGAGAUUGAUACUUGGAGGUGGCCUGACUUUCAAAGUGGUAAGAGAAGUUCUGAAAAAGGUGGAGGAAGACAGUUUCCAAAAGGCUGUUGUGGAUGCAGCCGUACGGGUGGUCGGCUCCAGCGAACAGGGGAGGUCUCUGCUGGAAUCGGAAGCCUCGGAUGUGGAGGCAUGUCAGAAUCUGUAAAAAUGUUUUUGUUUGUGCUAUUGACUCUUGGUGUUGAGUUCGGCUUUUACAUCUGCCAGUUUUGAUUUUACGGUCUGGUCUGAGUCACUGUUCAGUUAAAAUUGUUGUUCCCCCUUUAAUAAACAAAUAUAACUUUCAACCA